AUGAAAAACAGGACAAUGUUUAGUGAGUUUAUUCUAUUGGGCCUCACAAGUCAACCUGAAUUCCAGGUGGUGAUAUUCAUCUUUCUGUUCCUCACCUAUGUGCUCAGUGUACUGGGAAAUCUGGCCAUCAUCAUCCUCACCUUACUAGAUUCUCACCUUCAGACUCCUAUGUAUUUCUUCCUCCGGAAUUUCUCCUUCUUAGAAAUUUCUUUCACAUCUAUUUUUAUUCCUAGAUUAUUGACCAGCAUGACAACAGGAAAUAAAAUCAUCAGCUUUGCUGGAUGCUUGACUCAGUAUUUUUUUGCUAUAUUUCUUGGGGCAACAGAGUUUUACCUCCUGGCCUCCAUGUCCUAUGACCGUUAUGUGGCCAUCUGCAAACCUCUGCAUUAUCUGACCAUUAUGAGCAGCAGAAUCUGUGUACAACUCGUGUUCUGUUCUUGGCUGGGGGGAUUUGUAGCCAUCUUGCCACCAAUCAUCCUGAUGAGCCAGGUAGAUUUCUGUGCCUCCAAUGUUCUGAAUCACUAUUACUGUGACUAUGGACCACUCAUGGAGCUUGCCUGUUCAGAUACAAGCUACUUAGAAUUAAUGGUCAUCCUAUUGGCUGUGAUAACUCUAGUGGUUACUCUGGUGCUGGUAACACUUUCUUACACAUACAUCAUCAGAACCAUUCUGAAGAUUCCUUCUGCCCAGCAAAGAACAAAGGCUUUUUCUACUUGUUCUUCUCACAUGAUUGUCAUCUCCAUUUCUUAUGGAAGUUGCAUGUUUAUGUACAUUAAUCCCUCUGCAAAAGAAGGAGGUGCUUUCAACAAAGGAAUAGCUGUGCUCAUUACUUCAGUUACUCCCUUGCUGAACCCUUUCAUUUAUACACUAAGAAAUCAGCAAGUGAAGCAAGCAUUCAAAGACAAUGUCAAAAAGAUUGUGAAGUGCUGA